GUAAGAGUUUUACAUUCACCAGACUCGUUCAAGGGUAUUCGGAGAGUCCUGGAAUCUUUAACGAAGGAAACACCAUUGAUCAAUCCAGAGCUGGAGCUGUUUGUUGACGGUUCAGCAUCACGAGAUCCAGCAACUGGCAAACCCAUUGCACAUCACACACUGGUUGCUGAACUCUUGGAUGCUGUGCUGUUGUGCCUUCGGAGACAGCUUCUUCGCUGAUCCCUGUCCUACUUUCGUCCUACUUUUGGACAGCCAAUAUGCUGCCGACAAUCCGCCCCCAAAGGCCUGACCUGUACAUGAUUGGCUUGUCUUACUUUUCUAUAGCCAAACAGAAGGCUCCAAAUAAUAGCAACGUUUGAUUUGCUGUUCUACUUUAUUCUCGCUUUCUGAUUGGCUGCCUGGCAAGCCCCCAUCCCCAGCAGUGCAAGCGAGGUCAUUCUGCAUCUGGACACCACAGCGUCGCGAAGUACACUACGAGAUACUGCCAGAGAGAGAAAAUGGAUUACCGCCCGAGUUUCCGCCGGGAGCCUUCGUUGUCUGAGCUCACCCUCCAGCCGUCACGCGAUGCGUCGAGGCUGGCCCAAGCCUACCGCAGGAAAGGGUCAGCUGUGGCGUGUCAGGUGAAGAUGCCUGACAGGGUGAGGGAGGAGGCGAAGGCUCGGGUCCUCCAGGCCGGAGGAGACCCCACGUGCUGCCAGCUGGUGCUCAGUGAGAGUGAGCUCCAGUUUGGCCAGUACAGGGGACAAACAUUCAAGUGGCUACUAAGCCAUGAUGUCGGCUACACGUGUAGCCUCCUGGUGUCCCACCAGAAGGAGAGGGAAGGUGGGGACACGUCGCAGUCGCCCCUCGCUGCCAACAAAGACGCACUCGCCUCCUACGCUCAGCUGUUCCCCGAGAUGACGGCUGUCAUCCGGCAGCGUAGGAUGCGCGAGGGCUCCCUGUCGGUGAGGGGCAUGGACAACACACUGGUGGGGUUCGGUGCGCACGCCGGGGAGACGUACCGGUCCCUGUACGAGUCGACCAGCAGCGAGAGUCGAACCUACCUGCAGUGGGUGAGGAAGCAGAAGGUGUAUGCGGGGUCCCGGAUGCACACGCUGCAGGUGUACGUACUGGGCCGGGACAACGAGGUCGCAGCAGCCAAGCCGUCGGCUGCUCCCCCGGCUCGGCAGACAGCACCGCAGCCUCCAUCAAGCGCCGCAUCCACGGACCCCUCAGACGACAUGCUCCUCGCCGCUGCCAUGUUGGUCGACUCUCAGCUGGACAGGGACGCCCCACCAGCUGUCACGGCGCCUGGACCCUCUGUGACCGGACCUUCCCUGCCUGCUGUCCCCCCUGCGGGCGAUGGACCGGGUCAGCCUGCACACCCGGCUUCAGCCUCCGGCGCACAGCUGCUGCCCAAGAGCUGGAGGAUGACGCUGCCGGAGGAGCAGCAGGACUGGCUGGGCCGGGCUCUGUUCACCAGAGGCACGGGUGGGCAGCCAGUCCUCACCGCUGACCUCCGUCUGUGGUGGUUCCCCCCCGGAGACCGGCCCCUCUACACCCAGCCCCCCGCCACCGCCCACGCCUUCUUCCAUAGCCGGUUCUUCCUGUGGGUGCCCUACAGGAUGUGGGCAUACAAGCUGGUGUGCCCCACCUGUGGGCGCAAACUGACCGGCGCGGGCCUGUACAAGACCGUCCGGAGGGUCUUGGACAUGAGCAGCUGGUACUUCAUGGGCACAGAGUACCUGGAGUGCUGCUCGUGUCACAGGAAGUACGCGGCGUGGGCACAGGACAUCUUGGGACAGCUGGACCUGGCACACCAGGAACGGUUUCCAGCUGUCCUCACUUACAAGUUGUCCUGCGAUAAAACGGUGAUUGGGAUGCUGAAGGAGCGCACUUUGGGCAACAGUGCGUCUCGCCUCCGCGCCGCUCUGGUGGAGCAACACACCAGAGAGUGGAUGGGUAGGUCGAUGAGCUACCUUUCCGUGCUCCGCAAGCUUCGCGUGUCGGGUGCGGCACCGCAGCGGCGGGUGUCCCUCCCGCCCAUGCACCCGGUACCCAGCGUGUCCUGGCUGCUGUCUGUGUACGUGAGGGAUGUCCUCACUCGCCUGGACGAGACAAAAGCCAGGGUCACGUCCAUCUUUGGUGUCAUCUUAAAGAUGGACUCCACCAAGAAGAUGACAAAAAAGCUUGCGGGCGACGCCGCCGGGACAGCCGCCUGGGUCACCAAUGUGGGCAAUGAGCACGGGCAGGUGCUCAUGUCCGUGCUUACAGAGUCCGAGGGGAACGGACUUUUGCCCAUGGCGGCGGGACUGGUGCGGCGGUAUACAAUUGCCGGAAAGACCCCUCCUCAGGUUCUGUACGUGGACCGGGACUGCUGUAGCGCCGCAGGACAGUGCAAGGCCGCGGCCAUGUUCAGCGGGUGGGACCAGCUGGUGGUGCGCCUGGACGUGUGGCACCUCAUGCGACGCUUUGCGAGGGGUGUCACCACCGACAGCCACCAGCUGUACGGCCUCUUCAUGGCGCGGUUGUCCUUUGCCAUUUUCGAGUGGGACAGCGGCGACGUGGACCGCCUGACAGAGGCCAAGCAGUCCGAGGAGGGGAGGGACGCCCACAUCACCUUGUCGGCCAGGGAGCUCGCUCGUCACUGCCGCCGCCGCACCAGAGGCGCGCAGGAGACAGAGCGGCUCAUCCAGGAGGUGCUGGACUCCUUCUGGGCGGCAGCCGACACCAUGGGCGUCCCGCUCAUCGACCGUGCCAGGAUGGAGGAGAUUUGGAGCACGCAGCGUCGUCACCUCCACUGCAUACAGGACCCUCCGGGAGUGGAGCUGUACACCAAGACGGGGGAGGUGACCGGGGGGGGGUCAGGCUCCCCGUCUUCCGCUGUGCCAGAGGCUCCACUUCCCUGGAAUCGUUUCACCUCCACCUGUGCCGAUUCAUUCUAGGCACAUCUGCCAAUGCUCUCCACUUCCAGGUGUACCUGUUGGAGGGCCUGGUGAGGUGGAAUGAAAACCGGGCCAGGGCAUCAGUGGAGGGUGCCCAGAGGACGACGCUGCGUUGCUACAGUGCCCAGCUGCAGCACAGCUUCAACCAGCUCACCCAAGAGUUUUUGGGUCUGACGCUGGUUGAAAAUUACACCCAGCCUGGGGAGUACACAGGGGAGCUGAUCGGGGUGGAGUACCUGUACUCCCAGACGGGCGCUGUUCUGCAGGAGGAUGUUCGGCCGGGAUCCAGACGCUCCUGAUGGGACAGACGGGGCAGAAGACGUGUGGGAGGACGAGGGGUUCCAGGAGGAGCUCGCUGACAUGAGGUUCGCCGACAACCUCAGCAGUCUCCUCCGACCAUCACAGCCUCAACCUCAGCCUCUGGCCCCUCCCUCGUCAUCCCAGUCGGGCCCGGCCCCACCAGAGCCGAUGGAGAUGGAGGAGGAGGAAGACGACGUAUGCGGUCCAGACAGUCACAGUGGGUACCAGCAUGCUGUCCGUCUGGCCCAUGCCCUCGUAGAGCUGCGGCACCACGCUUUUGUGACGCGCUUCUGCGCUCUGGCAGAAGCUGUCAGACAGGGACAAGGCGGCUAUCUCCUUCCCCCCGCGCCACCAGGAGAGGGGCCGCUUCAAGGCGGGCCCUUCACGACAUGCCCACAU